UAUAUAGGGCCCGCCGGCCCGCCGGCCGCCACUGCCCGCUCGCCCGCCGCCUCUCCGCGCCAGGCAUGGCCCCCAGCACCGUGGCCGUGGAGCUGCUCAGCCCCAAAGAGAAAAACCGCCUCCGCAAGCCCGUGGUGGAGAAGAUGCGCCGCGACCGCAUCAACAGCAGCAUCGAGCAGCUGAAGCUGCUGCUGGAGCAGGAGUUCGCGCGCCACCAGCCCAACUCCAAGCUGGAGAAGGCCGACAUCCUGGAGAUGGCCGUCAGCUACCUGAAGCACAGCAAAGCCUUCGCCGCCGCCGCCGCCGGCCCCAAGAGCCUGCACCAGGACUACAGCGAGGGCUACUCCUGGUGCCUGCAGGAGGCCGUGCAGUUCCUGACGCUGCACGCGGCCAGCGACACGCAGAUGAAGCUGCUCUACCACUUCCAGCGACCCCCCGCCGCACCCACGGUGCCCACCAAGGAGCCCAAGGCCACGGGCACCGCGCCCCAACCCGUGCUCACCCCCGCCAAGGCCACCGCCGUCGCAGCACGCCAGUCCACCUGCGGCCUCUGGCGGCCCUGGUGACCCUGUCAGCCUGGCGGGUGGCCACCCCCGAGGACCGGAGGGCCGGCCAGCCUGCUCCUCUGGCCAUCCAUCUGUCCCUCCUGGGGCUUGGACAGGCCCCCUUCUCCGGAAGGCUCUCUCUCCAGGCUGGCGGGCCAGCAGGAGGGUCAUUCUCAAGAGAAUGUGCUUGCAGAGUCCUUGUCACUUAGGACAAUCAGGGCCCACCUUCUGCCAAGUGUCUGACUCCAUGGGGUUGUUCUGUGUUUGCAUUUCAGCAAGUGACUUCUGGGAAGUCCCCGCCGCCUGGGGUUCUAUGAUAUUUGUAAGUGUCAGGAGCUCGGUCAGCCGGUGCCUCCACGUGUAGAAGACUUCCUUCAGGGCCUGCUGUGUCCGGGCCAGGGGGCCUGGCGGGCGGGCCGUGCCGUGGGCACAUUUGCCUUUUGUGAAGGCGGAACUCAAGGUGUAUCCUCAUAGGAACGAGCGUCAGCCUGGAUGGGCACGGAGGGGCCACACGAAGCCGUGGCCACAAGGCCCCUGCGCACACUCGGUUGUCUAGCAGAGGCUCAGAGUGGGCUUUGGGGGGAGGGUGGGGGUCUCCACCAUGAUCCUCAAAGGGUCCCUGUGUGUGGGUGGGUGUGUGUGGGCAGGAUCUGAAUUCAGAAUUUGAACCGCCGGUCCCGUGGGAGCCCACGGGCUGGCUCUGCAGAUUUCCAAUAAAACCUAA